GAAGAAGGAAAACAAGCGAAGAAGAAACGAAAACGAACGUCGCCUGAAUAAUUUCAGCAGGUUUUGAUACAUUUUACCGCUAAAAAUCACUUUAAUAACCUGGUUUGUGUAUUUUCACACUCGUGUUGUGCAAAAGUUAGACUGGAUCAAUUAACUAAAUGUUAUCCCACUUCUAUCCACAUUUUGGAUUCUGACGAAUGCCUUAGUUAUUCUGCAUGCGCUGUUGUUGGCUAACAUUUUUAGCAACAAAGCUAAGUCCUGUGUAACCGCUCAUUCUCGUGACGUUACAAGAAUAUUCCCUGUGAACGUUUCAUAAAUAAAGGUACUUACUAAUGCUACAGCUCACCUUAAGUUGCAUUAGGAGAAUCAAAGAGUCGCUGUCUUGCCUCCUGUAGCACCAUGCCGAAAAGGAAAGUAACAUUUGAGGACGGGAUCGGGGAGUUGGAUCUGGAAGACGACCUCCCCAACAAAAAGAGCUGUGAGGUUGCCAGUGGUCCAGGCUCCAGGUUCAAGGGUAAACAUUCCCUUGAUAGUGAUGAAGAGGAUGAACCGGAAGACACAAACAGCAGCAAAUACGAUAUUCUGGCCAGCGAUGAUGUGGAUGGGCAAGAGGGAGCAACAAUCGACUUUGAUGAGGGAGUUUCUAUUACACCUUUCAACCUGGAUGAAGAGAUGCAGGAAGGACACUUUGACUCAGAGGGAAACUAUUUCAUCAAAAAGGAACAACAGAUUAGAGACAACUGGCUUGACAACAUCGACUGGGUGAGAAUAAAAGAACAACCUUUCAAACAAAAGAAGAAAGGUCUUGGAGCCAAACGAACACGCAGAGCCGGCGAUGAGGAUGAGGCUGAGGAAGAGAAACAGAGAGAAGAGAAGCAGGCAGACCGAGAAACUGAAGAAGAAGAGGAGGAGACGGAGCCUGCUGAGGACCCCCUGGCAUCCUACACACAGCACCAACUCACAGAAGCUGUGAUCGAACUGUUGCUACCUGGGGAAACAGUUGCCAGAGCGCUCCGCAGACUAGGAGGUCUUGGAGGACGGAAGAAGGGAAAGCUGAGGGAAGAGAGUGAACCCACAGAAGAGACCAAAAGGGAUGCAGAAAAGCUUGAUAGGCUCACAGCACUCGCUGACAGACUGGUUGGAUCUGGGAUGUUUGAAAUCUAUCAGCAAACAUAUGAAAAACUGGCCUACUUAAUGAAGCGCAUGAGCAGCAAGAAACCAGCUGUGGGGCAGAAGUCCAGUGGUGCUGGUGAUAAUGAAGAAGAUGAACUUGACAUGUUUGCAGAUAAAUUUGACGAGACACAUAGUGGCCGAUCAGAGGAUAAAGAGGAUGAAGAAAACAAAAGAGUGAGUGAUGAAGUGAUGUGGCAGUACAAAUGGGAAAAUGAGGAUAAUUCAGAAAUCUGGCCCUUCACCAGUCAGCAGAUGCAGGAUUGGGUGGAUGAAGGCUACUUCAGCACUGGUGUUUACUGCAGGAGGGUGGACCAGGAGGGAUCUCAGUUCUACAACUCCAAGAGACUAGACUUUGAGCUUUAUACAUGAUUUGUGUCCAGCAUCAAACCACCUCAUCCAUCACAAUCAAUUUGGAUGACAGAUCUGUCGUUUUAACAGGGGCUUUGUUUUCUGUACAUUGUUUUUAAAUAAAUGACUCAUGUAUGUGGUGUUGCUAUCAA